AUGAAAGGCAAGACUUACAACACAGACUGGGCCGCCGAGAAGGCAAAAAUCCGUCAAUUCAUCGAUGAAUACCACGGAGACGAAGAGGAUAACGCCGAUGGAAAGGUUUGUUUUUGAAAAUUCCCGAAAUUUUGUUUUUUGUAUUCAUUACAAUCAAUUUUCAGGAAUUCCCGUACCGCGAUCAAGUGUUCGACAUCGCUCGUCGCGAGAAGCAGGCGAUGGUCGUUGACAUUGAUCACAUCAAGGAUUCUGACAUCCCGGACGCGCUCGAGCUCGCUGAGUCGAUUGUUGGAAACGCUAAGAGGUACGGAAAAAAUAGAAUGUUCCAGAGAAAUGACGAUGUUUACAUAAUAACAGUUUUCUGAAGCGUAGACAUUCCACUAUUACUUGUGCUAAACAAAGAAUGAAUUUCCAGAUACGAAGUCCUGUUUAAAGACACCGUUGCUGAGAUUAUUCAAGACUACCUCGGGGACAAGCAGCCGCCCGUCGUCGACGCCCUCGACGCCUACAUGUUCCAACGCAUUCACAUGGACAAGACGGAAGGAGCCGCUCAGGAGGAGGUGUCUCUGGCAGACAGAAGAAAGAAGUACCCACCACAGUUGCUCCAACGCUUCGAAGUCUACUUCACGACAAGUGACCCGGCCUAUCAGACGUGUGUCCGUGACAUCAAAGCAACGGAGAUAGGUCAUCUCGUGUCGAUGAAAGGAGUGGUGAUCCGUGCGACGGAGGUGAAGCCGUGCGUUGAAGUGAUGACCUACACGUGCGACACUUGCGCCGCCGAAGUAUUCCAGCCUGUGAAGGGAAUGCAGUUCAUCCCUCCACUAAAUUGCCCCAACAAGGAGUGCGUUGAGGCGAAAGCGAACGGAAGGCUGCACAUGCAACUGAGAGGAUCCAAGUUUGUCAAGUUUCAAGAGCUCAAGAUCCAGGAGCUCAGCGAGCAGGUGCCAGUCGGAUCGAUUCCGCGUACGAUGACAGUCUUUGUUUAUGGAGAAAUGACGAGACGGUGCAAUACGGGAAAUGUUGUCCAGGUGUCCGGCAUCUUCUUGCCCAUUCUCCAAUCGGGCUUCCGACCAACUGGAGGUCUUGUGGCCGAUACCUACUUGGAAGCUCAUGUAAGUAACUUUUCAAAUUUGAAAACUUUAUAUUUAUUUUUUUUUUCAGUUCAUCCACAACCUGGACGAUAAUCCGACGUUCGGCGGAGUUCAUUCCGAAGAGCUCGCCGUGCUCCGUCGCAAAGGAGACAACUACGAGGCUCUCGCUGCGUCGAUCGCACCGGAAAUCUUUGGGCACGUUGACGUCAAGAAGUGCCUUCUGAUGGCCUUGGUCGGAGGAAAUGACAACUCGUCGAACGGAAUGAAGAUUCGCGGAUGCAUCAACGUGCUCAUGAUGGGAGAUCCAGGAGUGGCCAAGUCUCAGUUGCUCGGGUACGUGAAUCGUCUGGCUCCUCGCUCUCAGUACACGACUGGACGCGGAUCAUCUGGGGUAGGUCUUACCGCCGCCGUUAUGAAGGAUCCGGUCACGGGAGAGAUGUCCCUGGAGGGGGGAGCUCUCGUCCUCGCCGACGGAGGAAUCUGCUGCAUCGACGAGUUCGACAAGAUGAUGGACAAUGACCGAACCGCUAUCCACGAGGUUAUGGAGCAGCAGACCAUUUCCAUCGCCAAAGCAGGAAUUAUGACCACAUUGAACGCCCGCACUGCCAUCAUUGCGGCUGCCAAUCCGGCUUAUGGACGUUACAAUCCGCAACGAUCGAUCGAGCAGAACGUGGAUCUUCCGGCUGCUCUUCUUUCCCGUUUCGAUCUGAUCCUCCUCAUGCAGGACAAAGCCGAUCGCGAGAACGACAAGGUCCUGGCCGAACACAUCACUUACGUGCACCAGCACGGAUGCCAUCCGAAUCGUGAGAAGAAGGAUCUCAUCUCUCUGGAGACGCUUCGCGAGUACAUUUCUCUCUGCAAGACUUACACGCCGACUAUCGACCCGUCUCUUCGUGAGCGAAUCGUCGAGGCCUACGUGGAAAUGCGCCGUGACGCUCGUCACUCGACCGAUCCGACUUUCGUCUCGCCGCGUAUGAUUCUCGGAAUCGUGAGAAUGGCCACCGCUCGCGCCAAGCUCCGUCUGUCGAAGAUUGUCGACGAGAGCGAUGUGGAGGAGGCGUUGCGUCUGAUGCAGUUUGCCAAGGACUCGUUGAGACCAGAACAGACCAGAAUCGAGAAGUGAGUAGUCCGUUAAUUCCCCAGUAACCGUGAAUUCAAAAUAGUUUCUUAAUUACAGAGUAACAACUAUCUAUUUUCAGACGCAUGGCCCCAGUUGACGCUGCCUUCUCGGUGCUCCGUGAGCUGUACCACUCGAACCAAGAGCCGAUCGCCUUGAACAACGCCAUCCAGAGAUGCGCUCGGAAGGGAAUCAGCGAGGUGGCCCUGCAGAAGUGUCUGGACCAAUACACGGCGAACGGAGUGCUCGUCAUGGACCGACAGAACAUUGUGUUCGCGAUGAACUAA